AUGAGAAGUUAUCUUACCACUCUACUUGGUCUUGUGCUCUUUGUACUGGUGCAUGUACCAGUUUCCUCUAGCCGACUGCCUGAUCACAAGAUGGGCACCUCACCAGUAAAGAUGAUGAAAGUGGACACGGAUAUGGCGACUGAUUCACCUCUGCAUGAAGAUCCAGAAAUACACAUGAAUGCCACCCAGCUGAUCACUAGCAAGGGUUUUCCUUGUGAGAAUUAUUUCAUUACCACAGACGACGGCUACAUCCUCAACAUCCUCCGCAUACCUCAUGGUAGAAACAACAGCAAUCUGCCAGGCCCUAGACCUGUGGUGAUUUUGCAGCAUGGCCUCCUGGGUAGUUGUACACACUUCCUGUCAAAUCCUGUAAAUGAGAGUCUGGCAUAUAUUCUGGCUGAUGCUGGUGCUGAUGUUUGGCUGGGGAACAGUAGAGGCAAUUUCUACUCCACUAAUCACACAAGGUUGAAUCCUAAAAAGAGAGAGUUUUGGAAGUUCAGUUUUGAUGAAAUGGGCGCAUAUGAUGUUCCAGCAAUGGUCAAUUUUGUUGUGGCCACAUCCGGAGUUGAACAGGUUUAUUACGUAGGGCACUCUCAAGGAACUACCAUUGGCUUCAUUGCCUUUGGUGAGAAUGAAGAGGUGGCUGCCAAGAUCAAACAGUUUAUUGCACUGGCGCCGGUAGCUCGGAUUGCAAACACCAAGUCACCCAUGCGUCUACUUGCUCCUGUUGCAAAAGAAAUUGAGGUGUUUCUAGAAAUUUUCGGACAUGGCCAGAUAAACAUCAAUCCAGAAAUCAUGAGGUUCCUGGCUGGGUCCCUUUGCAGCAAGUGGGGAUCUCUUUUAUGUGAAAACUUCUUGUUUGUUUUGUGUGGCUUCGAUUACAAGUUUUUUAACAAGUCCAGAAUUCCUGUGUACGUGGCUCACAACCCUUCAAGUACAUCAGUUCAUGACAUACUGCACUGGGCUCAGAUGAUUAACUCAAAGACAUUCCAGCAUUUUGAUUACGGCUCUGCUAAACAAAAUAUGGUGCACUAUAAUCAG